AUGCAGUCAGUUUUCUUACUGCUGGGCCUCUUUGCCGACGCCAUCUCCGCCAGCCCCUUGGGGCAACAGCCCUUGGGUAUUCCAACGGAGCCUACAGGCCUGGCGGAGGGUUUGCACAAACCUGUACGCGGACGAUUCUUACAUAUAACUGAUUUUCAUCCCGACCGCCUCUACAAACCCGGAAGCUCGAUCGAUCGCUCGUGCCACCACGGUAACGGUCCCGCAGGGUAUUUUGGAGCGGAGGGGACAGAUUGCGAUUCACCCUUAUCACUUGUCAACGAGACAUUUCGCUGGAUCGAAGAAAACUUGAAGGAUGAUAUUGAUUUUGUGAUUUGGACCGGGGAUUCUGUCCGACACGACAAUGAUGAAAAGCUCCCUCGCACAGCAGAUGAGAUUAUGAAUUUGAAUGCCUUCCUGUCACAAAAAUGGAUUAGCAUUUUUGGGGAGGAGGAGGUCCGUGAAACCUCGAAUGUCGCGCCCAAGAUGUCGAUCCCUGUCAUCCCGACCUUCGGUAACAACGAUAUCAUGCCCCACAACAUCUUCAACGAAGGCCCGAACAAGUGGACAAAGCGUUUUGCGGAGAUAUGGGGCCAGUUCAUCCCAGAGGAUCAGCGUCACACCUUUGUUGAGGGCGGUUGGUUCACUACGGAGGUGGUCCCCGGUCGGCUGGCGGUCAUCAGCCUCAACACCAUGUACUUCUUCGAUUCCAACAGUGCGGUGGACGGAUGCAACGCCAAAUCGGAACCUGGAUACGAGCACAUGGAGUGGUUGCGGGUACAGCUGAAAAUCCUGCGCAGUCGCAACAUGAAAGCUAUGCUCAUGGGCCAUGUGCCCCCGGCGCGAUCGAGCGAAAAAAAGAACUGGGAUGAGACAUGCUGGCAAAAAUAUACGCUCUGGAUGCACCAGUACCGUGACGUUGUUGUCGGCAGUUUUUACGGCCAUAUGAACCUGGACCACUUCAUGCUCCAGGAUAGCAACAAGGUGAACAUUGAUUCCACGGUUGAUGGGAAGGUCUCAAUCAGAUCAAAAACCGACUAUCUUGAGUCGCUCCGAGAUCAAUGGUCCGCAUUGCCAUCUCCUCCGUCGGACAUUUUCGAGGAGUCUGACUCCGGAUCGAAUUUAGGCGAUACCUCAGAAUUUCAACCGGCGAAGAGAGACAAGAGGGGUAAAAAGAAGGAUAAGAAGAAGCAAAAGUUCUUGGACAAGAUUGGAGGCCCGUGGGCAGAGCGAUACAGCGUCUCGCUAGUAGCUCCCAGUUUGGUCCCGAACUUCUUCCCCAGCCUACGCGUGAUCGACUACAACAUCACAGGAUUGAACGAUGUCGCACAUGGCCUGGACUUCCUCGCCCGCGAGGUCGACGAUACGACCUUUGAGCUUGACCGGGAUGCGGUUGAUACGCCGGAAGCUAGCGAUGAUUCUCUCACUCCCGAAAUUCAGAAAAAGAAGGACAAGGACAAGAAAAAGACACCCAAGUUCAAAGUCCCCGAGCCCCCAUCGUCCACCGCUCCUCCUGGGCCUGCAUACUCGAACCAGGCAUUCACAUUGCUUGGCUACACUCAAUACUACUCUAACCUAACGAAACUCCACGAACAGAUCGCGGCAGGCGAACGAGGCAAGGAUGCCCGUCUCGACUACGAGAUUGAGUACACUACAAAUGAUGAGGUGUAUCAAAUGAAAGACCUGACAGUCCGCAGCUUCUUCCAACUCGCAGCCAGAAUUGCCGAGGAUGGAGCGGAACAAGAGCAGACGGGCGACGUCAAUAGCAUAGGCGCUGAUUCCAAGCAAAAAAAGAAGAAGAAGAAGCCGACGAAUGAUAUUUGGCGGGCAUUCUUGAAGCGCGCAUUUGUUGGAUUUCCAGUUGAUGACUUGGAUGAAUAG